UUACUUGCUUUUUAUUGGAGGACCUGCUGGCAUGGCGAACUAAAGUGGCAGCUACUUUUGUCUUUUCUUAGUUAUUCCCACUUAAUUUCCUUGUUGGAAUACAUUCGAGUUCCACGAGGAUAGUUGUUUCUUAGUUCUGAAUUUCCUAAGAAUUUGAUCUAAUUUCUGGACUCCAAUACACUCCGAAAUGCAUGGCCGUGUCAAGGUAAAGACGCCCGCUGAGCAAGCAGAGGCACGCAAAGCCGAGCGCAUCAAGAAGAUUGACUGGUAUACAUCCACCGUGGAGGAUAUUUUCAAGAAGAGGGAUAGCAAUGAGUUUGACGAGGAGUUGAUGCGCAAGACGGAGGAGCUGCUCCGUGUCAACCCCGACUUCCUGACAGUCUGGAAUGUGCGCCGGGUUACUCUUCAACGGCUGCUGCUGGCUGAUCGAGCCGCAGAAGACCGUGCCAAGAACACGUGUGCCGUGACUGCAGCGGAGGCCACCACUGAGAGCCCGCUUGCUGUCGCGGACGCGAGCACCGAAGCCGAAGGAAACGCCGCCGCGUCAAGCGACCCCACGGCGGAGCUGUCCACAGAUAGAUCCAGUACUCCUAAUGAUGACAGCAGCGGUGGUGGUGGUGGUGGUGGUGCACCCAAGGCAGGCCAGGACGUUGCACCCCCCAGAGUGGCCACGCACGACGAGCGCUACCUUGCCGAGCUGGCGCUGACCGUGGCCUGUCUGAUGGUGAAUCCAAAGUCGUACGGCGUCUGGCACCAUCGCGCCUGGGUCAUGGACCAGCUGCACCGGCCCGACUGGAACAGAGAGGUGGAGCUGUGCAGCCGUGCGCUCUCCAAGGACUCGCGCAAUUUCCACUGCUGGGAUUAUCGGCGCUUUGUUGCCAAGCGCGCGCUGCGCUCAGCUGCUGACGAGGUAGAGUUUACGUCCGACAAGAUCAAGGCUAGCUACUCUAACUAUUCGGCGUGGCAUAACCGGAGUCGACUGCUGCCAGAGCUGUACCCUGGAAAUGCUGGUUGCGGAGUGUCUCAGGAGAAACUCACCCAAGAGCUUGACUUUGCAAAGAAUGCCAUGUACACAGACCCAGUGGACCAGAGCGCUUUCUUCUAUCACCGAUGGCUACUCGGCAGAGAGGGGACGAAGCUCGCCAUACGAUGUCUUUACGUGAAUAGACUUCAGCAGAAACUAAUUGCUGUUCUGAACAAGCCGAUGAACUUGUUGAGUGGCUCGGCGUGUAUUGUUGUGGACGAGGAGUACGAACUGGCAUCGUGGCAGACUACUGACCCCAGGAAUCCAUCCUCUACCGUAUUGGUCUGCCAGUUGACGGAAGGACAGUUGUCGGAACGCAAUGCACACAUGCUAACCGUGCAGGUGUCCUUCAAGAACGAAUCCUCGGUUGCCAUGGUGCACUUAGAGACAGAUAUGCAGUCAGCGUGUCAAUACAGCAUGCCGUCGUCCUACAAUAUGUUCUUCUCGCUGGCAGCCUCACCGGAUAUUCUGCAACAAGAGUUAGACAGUCUUGUGGAGCUAUUGGAGAUCAACGACGAAGCGGAUAGUAAAUGGGCGUUCCUGACUGCCGUUCUUCUGUUGCAAGUGUUGAACCCGGUGGCACAUCGUGAUCAGGUCCAGAGCUACUUUGACAGCCUGCUGCGUAUCGACCCGAUGCGUAGUGGCUACUACCAUGAUUUGAGGAGUAGGUAUUUCAUGCAGUCAGUAGCCCAGCAAUCAUGGCUGGAGCAUAACCCCGAGCAGCUGUGGCAAGGAAGUUGCUCCCUCGAUCUAACAAGCAGGGGUCUUGGCGGUCUCUUCAGUUUGGACAGCUGGCCGUGGCUAUUGCGUCUCAAUGUCUCCAACAACAACCUCACAUCACUGGAUGGCUGUCAAGUUCUGCCUUUCCUGGAGGAGCUCCUUGCUGAUGAUAAUCAGAUAGAAGAGAUCGGCUACGAGGUCGUUGCACUCAAGGCGCUCACAAGCCUGUCGCUGAGGAACAACCGUAUCCGUACUGUGGAUGACAAGCUGAAGCAUAUGAUGUCACUCAAGCGCCUCGCUCUCGCUGGCAACCCCGUGGCGGCGGAGGACUGCACGUCGGCCAUCUUCACCAUGGUGACAAGCCUGGAGAGCCUGGUGCUGACGUGAACAGGCAGCCAUCUUUACCAUGGUGACAAGCCUGGAGAGCCCGGCGCCUGGCGCUGAUGUGAACAGGCAGCCAUCUUUACCAUGGUGACGAGCCUGGUGCUGACGUGAACAGGCCAGCAUGUAUGGCGUGGCAGCUCUGUGAUGGUUGUCUUGUGGAGUCCCUGACAUGACCGUGAGCCGUUGUUCUCUCUACCACUUGGUGUUCUGUCGUUGCUAUGGCAUGCGAGUUUCUUCUCUGUCGAGCCCAUAGCAGGUGUGUGCGUGCGUGCGUGUGUGUGUGUGUGUGUGUGUGCACAUGGUGCAUGUGCACAUGGGUGUGCGCACGUGUGUGUGUGUGUGUAUGCAUGUGUGUGUGUGUGUGUAUAUUUGUACAUACUUGGGAGUACAUGACUCUGUACACCCUCUUCACCGGACAUGUGCCGUAUAACGAGGGAGUCGUAAAAUACCGGUAUUUUUCCACUCCCUGAUCACAACUAUUAUUACUGUUUAUUCUCAGAAGUAUGAGUGGCUGCUACCAGCUUCCCCGCUAUGUAUCUAUACGUUGCCAUUGCGUUGCCAUUGUAUGACGGGACAUGGACAGCCGAUGUUGCUGCCUGCUUUGCCCUGAUUUUUUCACGUACCUUUUUUAUCAUGCAAUUAUAUUUUAUCCUUGAUCUGUGCCUUACACUCUCUCCUGACUACCCGGUGGCUUUUCAGAUUAAUUUUCACUUUUUCAAAUUUGUGUUCCUCUUGAUCCAGCAGGUCAGAUGGUUAUUAUGGUCCAGCUACCUGA